GGACUGGUUGUCUGUUUGUGGAUGCAUGAGUUGAUAAACUAUAUAAUCUGUGGAGUUGAUGGCAUCAACAAAUUACAUGAGUUGAUAACUGAUGGUUUUAGUUUGUGGAUAAACGUAGUGUCUGCAUUAAUCUGUUUUAUAUAUGCUAUUGUUGUGAAACUGAAAUUAUUUUGAUAUUUUGUGCACAUUCUCAGAUCGUUACAACAUCGGUCAAAAUUAUUUCAUUCUUGUUAAAAAAUCAUUAAUCAUGCAUCUCGGUGUCAACAUUUCAAAUGCAUUACAACAAUUAGAAAGUGUUAAAACUGCUGUCGAUCAAAGUGACGAUCCAAAACUAAAGGCUGCUACAAGUGAUGACUUAAACAUGCUCAUCAACUUGCUUGAAAGUCCCAUUCUCAAGAGCAUAGCAACCCUUCACGAUUCUGUGGGAAUGUUAGCAACUCAAGUAGCUCAUCAUCCUUCAAUACUACCAAGUGAUUUUGAUAUAACUCCAGCAGGAGAUUUGGCAUUGCAAGCUCGUAAUUUGUAUGGUGGUCAUGAGGGAGAGGAAGAGCAGCGCGUUCCACAAGUAUCACCACCGCAAAGCCUUGAAUUUGGCUCUGGCUCUGAUAAUGAACGCAUGAUUGGCUUAGAUAAUGCAUCAGUGGAUUCAAAUAUGUCUCCAAAGCAGAGUCGUGGGAUUCUGGAUUUAUCACGAAAUGAUGACUCCUUAGCUUCUACCUCACACAAUGUUGUUGCUGGAGAUUGGGCUCAAGUUGAAAUUAUUAACCUUGUGAAUGAUGGCACUGGUCUUGGUUUUGGUAUCAUUGGAGCAAGAACAAGCGGCGUUAUUGUCAAGACAAUAUUAGCCGGCGGAGUGGCAGAUCGAGAUGGCCGCCUUAAAUCGGGAGAUCAUAUUUUACAAAUAGGAGAUGUUAGUUUGAUAGAGAUGGGUUCGGAACAGGUGGCUGGAGUUUUACGAGCGUCUGGUUCUCGUGUUCGUUUGGUGGUCGCUCGCGCCGCUGACCCGGCUACCGCUCAACCCUCUUCGGCGCCUAUCGUGCCCGCUAGGCUAUUGUCAGAUCCCGAGGCGCUAGAUCGUUACCUACUAGAAGCUGGAUUCGAGCAAGUGUUCCACACGCAGCCAACGCCAUUGCCUUCACUCGCUUCGACCACACGAUUUGUCUUUGACCAGUCUAUUACGCCUCCUCCUGAAACUGAUGCUGAAUCGCCGGAAGUAGAUAGAUUUACAGUGCAAUUGAAGAAAGAUGAAAAUGGUUUAGGAAUUACCAUUGCCGUUGUAUGCUCCGUUUAUGAAUUAGCGGUCCACAUUCACACAGAGGAUGUUUUGGUGUUUCACGCCUCUAUCUACAAAUAUCAGUGUCAUUUAAUUCCAUAUGAAGUUGGUUAUGUUUGCGAGAAAGAAGAACUAUCGGGUAUAUUCGUGAAGUCUGUGACGGCGGGUAGUGCGGCGGCGUUGAGUGGUCGCGUGAGGGUUAACGAUCGCAUCGUCGCCGUCGAUGGGGUCUCUCUCGCUGGCAAGUCCAACCAGCGCGCGGUGGAUGCUCUCAAACAAAGUGGGAACGUGGUCACGUUGGAAUUGGAGAGAUAUUUACGUGGGCCGAAGUUCGAACAGCUGCAACAGGCGAUAGCGGCAGGGGAAUGUGCAGCAGCCGCUACUCCUCACAAUCCCUUCCUACAUAUGCAUCGACCCGAGCCCAACGCUGAACAUGACAUACAGAUGACACAUAUACACAGCCCCAGCGGCGAGAGCGCGAUGGAGGAUUUGUCUCCGCCCCCUCCCCGCACCCCGCCCACUCCCCCCGCGUCACGCCCUCACCCCCCCUUCGAGAUGCCGCGCACGCAAGAACAGAAGGACGCUAUCAAGCGCAAGUGGCAAGCUAUACUCGGUUCAGAUGUAGAGAUCGUAGUGGGUGUAGUGGUACGCGGCGGUGGUGGUCUAGGUAUAUCGUUGGAAGGUACCGUUGAUGUGGAGGGUGGUCGAGAAGUACGCCCUCAUCAUUACGUACGAUCUGUUCUACCCGAGGGACCAGUUGGCCGUGCAGGUGUACAUCGUCCGGGAGAUGAGCUGCUGGAGGUAAACGGUCAUCGUCUGUUGGGCAUGAAUCACUUGGAAGUGGUAUCGAUAUUGAAGGAGCUAUCGAGCGAGGUGUGCAUGGUGUGCGCGCGGCCUAAACCACAGCCCGCAUUAGAAUUAGCCCCGCCCUCCGCAACACUAGUUAAGGCUAAGUCUGACGGUAGCCUGGCUGGUGCGGGCGCUGAGGAGGGCGGGUCUUUAUCCGCGGGCGGUAAAGUGCGCUCACGUAGUCUUGAGCCGCUUACAGGACUUGCCAUGUGGUCUUCAGAACCGCAAAUCAUAGAACUAGUGAAAGGAGAACGUGGUCUCGGGUUUUCAAUUCUCGACUAUCAAGAUCCUUUGCGUCCAUCUCAUACGCUGGUCGUGAUUCGGUCUUUAGUACCCGGUGGCGUAGCACAACAAGAUGGCCGCCUUAUACCCGGCGAUCGACUGCUUUUCGUAAACGAUCAGAAUUUGGAGGAUGCGAGCUUAGAACAAGCGGUGGCGGCUUUGAAGGGGGCUCCGCGUGGAGUAGUACGUAUAGGUGUUGCUAAACCGUUACCUCUUGCUGACGCACCUCCCCCGCUCCCCGCUACCGCGCCUCCCUCACACGCCUGAACAGAACAGAGGCGGUCAGGUAAGAACGAAACUCUUUAAUGCUGUGUAUCUGGUUUUCCCACACUAGGCUAGGUUCAUACGGCAUGUCGUGUACGUUUAUUUUUGCAGUAUACACCUCAACGAAUACAUAUUUAUAUGUAGACUCGUACACACUUGUUUUGUAUGUAAUACGUGCAGUAAAUGAAUGAAAUUUAAUAUACCUUCUAUCUGGAUGAUUUUGCAUUUGAAAUCCAAAAGAAUCCUACAAGGCAGUGCCGUGUGAUCCCAUCCUAAAUCUACUGUUUAGGAAUAGAUAUAUAGGUUGAAUUUACGACCUUAAAUUGUAUCCGAUAAGACAGUGUAAAAUAAAAAUCCAAAAGUUCAACAAUAGAUCAGCAUUUAUAACGUAGUUAUUUUAGCAAAGAGGAAACAUUUCGUUCUGUGAAUUUAAAAAAAAUCCACUCUAAACGCGACCCAUUUUGUUGAGUGGCAUCGCAUUUUGAUAGUUUACGGCUGUUUUGAUGAGAGGCACUUUAGCGCUUAGUAGGUAACUACGUUAUGAUAUGUACUGUAGGUAAUUGACGUAAUGUUAGAUGAACAUUGAACCUGAUUUAAAGUACCCUACAUAUCUUGAUGAAUAUGAUACUCUUACCCAAACAUAUUUUCUUCCGUUUGACUCUAAACUUUUUUGCUUGACGGUAUUUGUUAUCUACUAACACAUGGCCGCUCUGAAUAACCUGACGACAGCAAUGUCUACGGAAGUUUAGUUCUUGCUUAGUUUUAUUAAUAAAAUAACUACUUGAGUAAUUAACCGAUGAUAAUAUCUUUAUUACUGAUAGGCAAUCGUGAAAGACUUAAGUAUCCUCUUAUAUGAGGCUGUAUUAUAUUUGUUGAUUGAAACGUAAAAUGCGGCGUUGUUUAAAGAGCUUAACUUAUAGAGAGUAUUUAUAUAUUUUGAAUUUUACUUUAAUAUAGCAACUCUGUGACAUUUCCUACAUUGGCAAUUAUGUAUGUUAUUAGUAAUUUCUUUAUCAUUAUUAUUUAGUAAAUACAAUAAGAACUUAAACUUUAUUUGACACAUAUAAAGAUUUAUAAUUAUGACUUAGUUUAUAUUCCUCAGUAAGGAAUUGAUUGUAAUGGAGAUUUAAAGAGAAUUUUGAACAUUCCGUUAUUACAUUUUUAUAAUUCGAUUAUAUUUAUUUUUUUUAUAUUAUAUAGCUACCUUUGUCGUAAUUUUCGACGGAAUCAUUUAUUGUUCAUUGACAUUUACACCAGAAAGCUAUAAUUUUCUAAUUAGUAUUCAGUACUAGGAGAUGACAAAAGCGUAAAAUAAUCUCAUAAUAUAUACGGGAUUAUUCUACACUUUUCCAUUAUACUAUUAAUUAACUAAAUUGGUUUUAUAAUUUGACAUAUUUUACUAAGUUGACAAUUGUACUUACAUAUUUUUAUAAGUGUUUAGUAAUUAUAAAUAAAAAUUUGUUACAAGCAAAUCGCAUUGUGUUUCCUCAUAAUGUUUACUAUGUCAAAAUAUUUUUUUCUCAAUAAUAUUGUGUAUAUUUAUAAGAUAAUUUAAUGUAUUUUUAAAUGUAAAAAUUGAAUUUAUUACUAUUAAGAAUUCAUGAUGAAGAAUUAUUAAAAUAUUGUGACGUU